AGUGUGGGGAGCUCUCUUCCCCACUACAUAGGUAGCAGGAGCUGCGCUGCAUAGGAAAGGCUAAAGAGAGUGAGAUUGACAUAGACCACCUGAGACAAUCAAUGUCUCAUAAAGCAGGAGCAGAGACAAUCAGCACCCCAGAGAAACAAUGGCCAAAAAGCCACAAUGUGGUAAAAAAAAAAGGUGAGGAAGAGCCUGGUGACAGUAGCAGAACAGGAAGAGAACAUGAAGGCAGAAAGGCAUCUCUGCAAGCAAGUGGACAUGACAGAACAAGCCCACAGGCUGGACAUGACAGAACAAGCCUACAGGCUGAACAUGGUGAAGGGCACUAUUCCAUAGGGAGAGGUCACAACAGAGGCAAAAGAGUGAGUGAUGCACAAAGCAUUACAACAAAGACAUACUCUCCUUUUCUCAAUUCACUCUUCAGCAAGGAAAGAGAUUUAGCACCAGAGGAAAUAGAUGAGCUCCAUGCUGCUUUCGUAGAGUUUGAUGCAGAUCAAGAUGGGUUUAUAGGAUAUAAGGAGUUGGGUGAAUGUAUGAGGACUAUGGGAUACAUGCCAACUGAGAUGGAGCUGAUUGAGAUCUCUCAGCACAUCAAGAUGAGAAUGGGGGGGCGUAUUGAUUUUGAAGAUUUUGUUGAACUGAUUGGCCCAAAGAUGCUGGCAGAAACAGAAAAUAUGGUCGGAGUAAGAGAGCUGAAAAUUGCCUUCAGAGAGGUAAAAAAGUAUUAGAGUCCUGUGAAAUGCACAUAAAGCACCAUUUAUGUUCACCAUAUUCUUUACUGCUGUGGACAGACUUUACACCCAGAGACAAUAGUUAUACUUAAUUAUGCUACUUUGUUGUUGUUUGUAUUUGGCAUAAAAAUGUAAUUUCGUGUUUACAUGGUGUAAUUAUGGUGUGAUUUGGUUGUUUACAUUCAGGACCUUUGUUCCUUUUUAAAUUAGCUUACAUUUAGAUAUUGUGCCAAUAAUUAUUUUUAUUCAUUAUUGCACUUUAUUAGACCAUGCUGCAGUGUUUCUAAUUUUACUAACAGGUUAUAUUUUGCAGAACAUUUAACUUAUUAACUUUGAUGUAUUACUGUAACACAGAGGAUGUGGCGACUCAGCAGAUGAAAUUCAAUGUGGUGGAGUUGCUCUGUGACUAGCAAAUUAUGAACAGCCAUAUUCACACAUAUAAAUGAGAUCCUGGCUGCUAAUCUCAUAAUACACAUAAUACAUGUUUAGAUGGAACCUACUUUGUUCUCCUUUGGCCUUUCUGCAAUUUAUUAAUGUUAUUUGCAGAUUGUCAAGCUCCCCCACCCAAGAAUGUCACAUACUGAAUGGAAUUCAUAGACAUGCAUAGAAAUUAAUGUAAAAAUAAAAUAAAAUGAGCCCAAUAAGACACUCUUUUUCCAAGCCUUUGAUGACAACCAAUCUCUGUCCACAUACCUUAAAGGAAAAAAUUGCAUUUAAAUAUAUCACUUAAAACAUAUGUAUGUAAAAUACUGCUCAUCUAAAUGUUAUUUUCAGAGAAAUAAAAGAAUUGCCUUUUUAAUA